CUCCUCUGUACCAUUCCUUUAAACUGCUUACACCAAAACUCAUUAUCUAUACUGCAAACAAAGAAGGGAAGAGCCUUUGAAAGUAACAAUGACUGCAGGAGAAAACCCUUUUGCAUCAAACACCUCUUCUCUGCAAAGCCAGCUUAAAGAAAAGGACAAGGAGCUUUUGGCUGCUAAAGCUGAAAUUGAGGCUUUGAGAACAAAUGAAGAGCUCAAAAACAGAGCAUUUGAGGAGCUUACAGAAAACGUGAGGAAGUGGGAGGAAAGACUUGGACAAAAGGAGGUGGAGAUGAAGAAGCUAGAAGAAGAGAAGGAAGAUGCAUUGGCUGCACAGGAAGCUGCAGAAGAAGCACUUAGGAGGGUUUACACUCACGAACAUGAAGAUGAUUCUCUACCCCUAGAAUCAGUUAUAGCUCCUCUUGAAGCUCAGAUCAAGUUUCAAAAGCAUCAGAUCUCUGUGCUUCAAGAAGACAAGAAAGCUUUGGAACGGCUGACAAAGUCAAAAGAAUCAGCGCUUCUUGAAGCAGAGAGAAUCUUGAAAAGUGCACUUGAACGUGCUUUGAUUGUUGAGGAGGUUCAGAACCACAACUUUGAGCUUAGACGACAGAUUGAGAUCUUCCAGGAAGAGUACAAGUUUCUCGAGAAAAUCAACCGCCAGAAAGUGUUGGAGAUUGAGAAGCUCUCUCAAACUAUUGGAGAGCUGGAGGAAGCAAUCUUGGCAGGAGGAACAGCUGCAAAUGCAGUUAGAGACUAUCGCCGCCAAAUCUCUCAGCUUAAUGAAGAGAAAAGAACAUUGGAGAGAGAGCUGGCUAGAGUCAAAGUGUCAGCAAGUAGAGUGGCUCUUGCCGUUGCUAACGAGUGGAAAGAUGAGAAUGAUAGAGUAAUGCCUGUAAAGCAAUGGCUUGAAGAGAGAAGGCUUCUCCAUGGAGAAAUGCAGAAACUGAAAGAUAAACUAGCUGUUUCAGAGAGAACAGCCAAGGCUGAAACACAGCUAAAGGAGAGGUUGAAGCUGAGGCUGAAAACAAUAGAAGAUGGCUUGAAGGGUUCUAUCUCUCAAACAACUACAAAAACUGAAAAAUCUGGCAAGAUUUUAGGAUUCUUGACGAGUGGUGGUGGUGGUGGAUCAAAGAAAAGGUCUAGUUCUCAGCCACGAGGCUCAAUUACAGGAAGAAUCCAUGCUCUGAAUCAGCCAACCAAUAGAGCUGCAGAGACUGAUGGAAAAGAGAACUCGAAGAUUUCAGCAAACGGAUUAUCUGAUCAGGAUGCUAAGGGAGAAGAUAUGGUGUCAGGGUUCUUGUAUGACAGGCUUCAGAAGGAAGUGAUUGCUCUAAGGAAGGUUUGUGAGAGUAAAGAGGGUACUAUAAAUGCUAAAAAUGAAGAAAUCAAGAUGUUGUUGAAGAAAGUGGAUGCUCUAACGAAAGCUAUUGAAGUGGAGACAAAGAAGGCAAAGAGGGAAGCUGCGGCUAGAGAGAAGGAAAACACAUUGGCCUUGUUGAACGAAGAACCGAAACAAUGUAGAAAAGCAAACUUACCUCGAAGCCGUGUACACAAUUCACGUUGAAGAUCCUAGAGGAAGACGAAGCUUGGGAAUGAAUAUAUUAAAAGAGGUGUACAUAUGGAGUGUUUGGUGGGUUAUAGAACGUGGAAGUAAAGCUUCAAUUAAAGAAGAAACGUGUGUGUGACUGUGUGUGUUAUAUUGUUUGGAUUGUAAACCAUGAGUGAUUAGCUAUUAUCAUGAUAACUUAAAAGUAAA